AUGCUCCGCCUGUUGGGGGGGGUGGGGGGGGGGGGGGGGGGGGGGGGGGGGGGGGUUUUUUUUUUUUUUGUGUGUGUGGUGGGUGUGUUUUUUCUGUGUUGGGUUUGGGGGGGGGGGGGGGGGGGGGGGGGGGGGGGGGGGGGGGGGGGGGGGGGGGGGGGGGUUUUUUUUUGGGUUUGUGGAUUACCCCACAUUCUCACCUCAGAUAGGGAGUUGGAGAAGUCGAAAUUUACGCUAGGUACCAACCAUGGAACUGACUGA